AUGACAGAGGCAUUUAUCACACCUCACUCAAUGGUGUACCCCCAUACUCUGGGUGGUACACACUUCCUCACUGGGUCUGAUAGUCUGAUAUGCCUGUUCGAUAUAUCUCGUCCCGGGAACGAUGGCCCUAUUGCUUGGAUGCCGACAAUUCCCAGUAAACGCAAACAGAUGGUGGGCGGCGGCGUGGGAAUGAAGGGUAUCAUUUCCGCAAUGGCUAUCAACCCUACCGGUGAUGGCAUUCUGGCUGCUGGGACCUUCUCAAGACAAGUUGGUCUAUAUGGAGCAAAUGGAACUGGAGAAUCUCUGGGAACAUUCAGCAUUGCAAAGUCAGAAGCUGAUCGACAUAUCGGUGGUGGGGGAAUUACCCAGCUUGCUUGGAGUCCCUGUGGGAGAUAUUUGUAUAUUGCUGAACGAAAGAGCGAUGGAGUUUUGAUAUUCGAUAUCCGUGUCACUGGGCAACUUCUCGGUUGGUUAGAGGGUCGACAGGCCCUCACAAAUCAACGAAUGAAGAUCGAUGUCGUACCCAUUGCCCAAGGUGACUCCCAUGAGAUCUGGGCUGGAGGAACAGACGGAUGCGUGAGGGUCUGGCGAAAUCCCACACACAGCGCUGGACCCCAAAAAUGUCAGUGGGAGUGGAAGGUCCAUGAUGACUCAGUCAACAGUGUUGUGCUGCAUCCUAUGGGGGAUAUUGCAGCGACAGCCUCUGGUCAGAGGCAUACCUCACGUGACAUGCCUGCUAUUGAUGCGGCAUCUCCUCUCAUGGAGAAGGUCGAUAAUAGCUUGAAGGUUUGGUCGAUGCCAUUCUUGGAUGGCUACGUCCAUUGA